AUGACCCAUGGCUUCCCCCACGAUGAAGUACGACCGUUGAGCUGUGAGCCGUAUGGGCCAGAUUACAACGAUGUGAUGAAUACUGUGCGCAAUGAUGCCAUGGCCAAUAUCUCGCUGACGGUAUUGGACAAUCUCGAUACGUUGAUUAUAUUGGAGCAAUGGGACGAUUUGGAUGCGGCAUUGAGCUAUUUGAAAGCUAAUCAGGAGGGUUUUUUCAACCGGGAUACCAUUGUCCAGGUUUUCGAAGCCACGAUCCGGUUUCUUGGUGGGCUAAUGAGUGCGCAUUUGAUUCUCGUGGAUGUUUUAAACAAGAACAUCACGUUACCUGCACGAUACCACAGACUUCAAAUGACGUGCGCCAACUAUGACGGGUUUUUGCUAGAGAUGGCCCACGAUUUGGGGUCGCGGUUGAUUACAUCGUACAAGACACGAACAAAUAUCCCCGUGCCGCGGGUCAACUUGGCCAAGGGGCUCAAAUCGGUUCCUCCAUCGUUGCAGAAAGAUGCAUGCACCUCAGGGAUCACGACCCCCGUGUUGGAGUUUACUUUGCUUUCAAGAUUAACGGGCGACUACCAGUUUGAGUACUAUUCGCAAGUCGCCUUGUGGAAAAUCUGGCAGUCGCGCCUGGUGCUUAACUUGUUGCCCAUGACGAUUGAUCCCAUCUUGAACCAGUGGAAGGAUUCCGUUUCCGGCAUUGGUGCCUCGAUUGACUCAUUUUACGAGUAUGCUGCGAAAGGAGCAAUCCUUUUCAACGAUAACUAUAUGUGGUCGAUAUUCAAGACCUCGUACCAGGCCUUGUUGACUCACCUGGCUCAAAUCGGCGCGGGGUCGAUGAUUUUCCCCAAUGUUGGCACUCAAGACGGAAUGGUCUUUAGCGACUGGAUCGAUUCGUUGAGUGCUUUUUGGUCAGGAUUGCAAGUGUUGACUGGCCAAUUGACCGACGCCAUCAAGACCCACGUCGUGUACAUGAAGAUUUGGGAUUACUUUGACUCCAUCCCAGAACGAUGGAUAUAUGCUCACCACAACAAUAAGAACAAGAAAAAAGUGUUUCGCGCCGAGGACUCGAUCGAGCUUGAAUGGUACCCUUUAAGACCCGAAUUUAUCGAAAGCACAUAUUAUCUUUAUAGAGCCACGCGCGAUCCAAUGUACCUUCAGAUUGGAGAGCGAGUGCUCAAUUUAUUUGACGACAAGUUCAAAGCCCCCUGUGGGUUUAGCGGGUUUCAAGACGUGCGAACUGGAAGUAAACAGAAUCGGAUGGAGACUUUUGUCAUGGGGGAAACGUUAAAGUAUCUUUACUUGUUAUUUGACGUUGACAAUGACGCGUUUCUUCAUGACCCGGAGUUGAUGCGCGGCAAGAAUUGGGUUUUUUCAACCGAAGCUCACCCAUUGUGGUAUCAUGAGGAAUUGAGAGCUAGCCCAAAAAAAGGCUUUGUGAAACUGAAACCAGGAGAUGAUAACGAUGAUCAUGAUGAUAAACUUUUCAGCACUCCCAUCAAUAGAAACAUCACUAUGCCCCAACCUUUGCUAGUUGGUAUACCCGAUGAGAACAACGUGAUUGGCCACGUUACUAAAAAGGACCCCUUUGCAAGCAGGUUUGAUACAUGCGAGACCAAUCCGUUCACAACCCACGCGAGAUCAUUUCAAAGCUCCGGAUAUUACGACUGGGCACAUUUGUUCAAUGCCGAUUUUGCAUUUCGCAAUUCUUUGAAAAAACCCAACUAUCGCAAGCUGACCAAUCUAGACGGCAGCUAUUUUGAACUAAGCAAAGAUUUCUUUCAAAAAUUCACCUUGUUCGAUUCGCCACUCACGUGUCGUAGACCACCAACGACAACGGUGCUCGAGAUAUUCUGGGGCGAUGUCAAGCUUGCUUCCAGGGUCGAGAUUUCCGAGCUCGUGGCUGACAUCCCAGCAAACCAAACGAGUCUCAUAUACUCGGGUGAUCUCUGGAUUCCAAAUUUGCAAGGCUUGCGAGUUUUAUUUGAGGAGUUAAAGGUGGGAUCCGUCGAUACCCGAAACGAAGUCAUUACGAGUGAGUAUAUGAACUCACUCUUUGGCGAUGAUGGAACACCAAGCACCACCGGGACCACCUCGCGUGGUGCAAGGGAAGGUUUGAGAGUUAAGAAAGUGAACGGAAUCGAGACAAAAGCCGGUGCCAUCAUAUGGACCAUGCCCUUUGUAGUUACCCAGAAUGAAGAAUCUACCGUUGCAGUGACUGAGGAAGGCAGAGUUGUCAUCGAGGGGAAAGUUAUAGAGAAUUUGUUUGUUUGGUACGGAUGA